AUGGAAGAAGGGAAAGUCGGCAACAGUAAUGAGGAUUUUCCUGAAAAGGAAAUGAAUAUUGAUACGAAUAAUAAUAUGAAGGAUAAUACACAUGAGGAUGAGAAAAAUAAUCCUAGUGAGGAAAACCAAUUAAAUAACAAUAAUAAUGAUGAUGAUGAUGAUAUGAAUGAACUACUUGAAACUUUUUUACAAGAUAUUGAUAACAUAACAUCCAAUAAAGAAAAGAAUGUUGAAGAAAAAAAAUUAAAUAAGGGAGAUGCAGGUAAAGAAAUAAAUCGUAUUUUAGAACAUAAGCAUAGUUCUCCUUUUGAAAUAUUUGGAAUUUAUGAAAAUAUUAAUAUGGAUCUUAUAAAAAGUCGAUAUAGAAAAUUAUCCAUAUUAAUUCAUCCUGAUAAAUGUAAAAUUGAUAAAGCUGCUGAGGCUUUUCAUAUAUUAACGAGAGCAUAUGAGGAAUUACAAAAAGAUGAAAUUAAAGAACAGUAUAAAUCUGUUUAUGAAAUAGCUAAAAAGAAUAUAAUAAAGAAACAUCAAUUAAAAAAAAAAAAAAUUAACGAAAUAAAUGAAUAUUUAAAUAAAACUGAAGAAGAAUAUGAAAUAACCAAAGAAAUACAACAACUAAUUAAUGAAGAAUGUGAAAAUUUAUUAAAAAUACAAAAAGAAAAAAUUGAAUAUGCUCAAAAUUGUAAGCUAGCCAAUAUGAAAUAUGUUCAAGAAAAAGAAGAAGAAAGACUUAAAGAAGAAAUGGAAAAAGAAAAAGAAAAAAAAUUAUGGGAACAAGGAAGAGAUGAAAGAGUUAAUAACUGGAAAAAUUAUAAAAAAGAAAACCUAAAGGAUGAAAAAGAAUUUCAUUUAUAUAAAAAUAUUAAUAAAAAAAAACAAGAACGAACACAACAAGAAGAACAAAAAUUGAAAAAUGUUCCAUUAACAUAUGAACAAAAUAAUGUACACAAAAAGAGGAAGAAAAAUUGA